GAUAGUUCAUAUAAGAAACGAUACGGCUUUAAAUUGGUUCAAAUUGUUCUCAAUCUAUGUCUGCUCGGCGCAAAAGGGGAGCGAAAUGAUUGGCCAAAAUUGGGGCUAAGAUAAGUUUUGCCGCUUAGUUUGGACCGGUUUCCCUCUUCAAAUAGCCGUAAUGAAUUUAUCACUGUCGGUCAUCUUCAUCUUGCUGGUCGCUUUUUUAGCAGAAAUCGAAUGCAGAAGGGGUAGAGCAAGAACCAGAACCAAAUCCAAGUUUCAAAUAGGACUUCCCAUCACCGGCAAAUACAGAGACCCAGAAUCCGACAAAUACUACAAUAACAACAACGGAGCCAAAAUAAUAGAAGCUUCCCACUUCGACUAUGAAUACGUUUUAGGGCACAAGAUCGCUUUUAUUUGCGUGGCUAGAGGGAAUCCCAGGCCGCACAUAACGUGGUACAAAGAUGGCAGCGAGAUCUUUACACAUCUUUAUUUACACAUACACGAAUGGCAGAUAAAAAAAGACGCCAUCAAAAGCAAACUGGAAAUCGACCCGGCAACUCAAAUGGACGCCGGGCUGUACGAAUGUACGGCCGACAACAUGUAUUCCAUUGACAGAAGAUCAUUCAAAACCGACUUCAGCAUAUCCUUCGAUUAACGGCAGUUACCGCCAGUUGGGAUAGAUUUUUAGACUAUUUCUGUUCAGUAGCGCAGAAAUUAGUUCAUAUAGACCUCAGGCCAUCCUAAAUCUGUGGUUUGGAUUUUAACAUAAUGAUAGGAUGUAGUAUGAUAUUCGUGUAUUAAUGCAUUAGAGACACGAAAAUAUGGACCCUCUUCUUGACAGUCCUGUGUGACGUUUGAUUUGAUUUGAUUUGAAAUUUUGAAAAAUUUGAAAAUUCCUUUGAAUAAAAAGAUUAAGGAAGGAGCAUAUCAAAAAUCUUAGAUCCACCGCGAUUGGACUCAAAUAUGGCCGACUUAAA